AUUAGAUUUUGCUCGAAGGAUUUUAAGGCGAAGGGCGAAGGACAAGGAGGACACAACAAAUCACACGUGCUAUUUUUCAAGAGAAUUUACUUACAAAACAAAUACUUUUAUCCUAAACAUGGGCCGAAGAGGAAGAACAUCAUCUCCUAUGUCCAGGAGGUCUUCCCCUCCCCCUGCUCCACGCCAGUCAUUGCCAGCCCGUGCUCCCCCAGCAGCCCCCAUGAUGGCUGGUAGCCAGCCCAGACAGCCAGGAAUGAUGGCCCAGAUGGCUGCUACUGCUGGAGGCGUGGCAAUAGGAUCCACUGUGGGUCAUGUGGUUGGUCACGCUAUCACAGGAGGUGGUGGGGGUCAAUCUGCACCCCAGGAAGUUGCCCCCCAACAGGCUGCAGGCCAGCCUGCAUACAACCAGCAGCAGAUGAGCCAGCCCUGUGAAUAUGAGAUGAGACAAUUCUUUGAGUGCACCCAGACACAGAGUGACCUCUCAAUGUGCACAGGAAUCAACGAGAUUCUGAAAGACUGCAAGCUCAAAUACAAUAUAUAAUGUACACUAAAGAUGAGGGGCGAUAUUGGACAAGGCAGUUUCCGUAGUGUGGCAGGAUAUUUAGAGAGAGUAUAUAUGAUAUGGAAGGACAUGAACUCAGGCAUGGAAAUGUAAAAUGGAUAUAUAUUUAAGUUGUUUUCAACAGAUAUGAUAUUUUCUGUGAUGCUUUUAAUUGUCUUUUCCUCUGAUGUACAAAUAAUAGACUUGGAAUCAACAGAUAGAAUUAACAUCAUCCAACGUAAAUGUACACAUAUCUAAUUAAAGGUUGAUAAUUUGGUGCAGAUUAUUUUGUUAUUAAUCAGAUUCCAUCAGACUUUCAAGUUUUGAAUAAAAUGAUUUUAAUGUG